AUGGAUGCCAAACCAACAGCAACAGCAGCAGGUGCAGAUCAGCGUAGAAACAAGUUUAAAAACAAAGAUGCCUUUCAGGCAGAGCAAGUUCGAAACCGAAGACAGCAGCAUACUGUUGAGAUUAGAAAACAGAAACGUGAAGAGAAUCUGACAAAGCGCAGAAACAUGGUGGUUGGAAAUGACAAUCUUUCGGACAGUGAGGAUGGUGCAGAGACUGAGACUCACGGAGAGUUACAUCAAAUACUUACAGGUCUUGUUGCCGAUGUAUACUCUGGUAACGUGGAAAAACAAUACGAAGCUACAACUCGGUUUAGAAAACUGCUGUCCAAGGAACGCGAUCCUCCUAUCCAAGAGGUUAUUCAGACUGGCGUUGUUCCAAAGUUUGUCGAGUUUCUUUCAUCACGUCAUAGUCUUUUACAGUUUGAAGCUGCAUGGGCAUUGACGAAUAUUGCAUCAGGAUCAUCCCCUCAGACACAAUACGUAGUAGAUUCUGGAGCAGUACCUAUUUUUGUAAAGUUGCUCAGUAGUGAUGUAAUAGAUGUUAAGGAACAGGCUGUAUGGGCUCUGGGUAAUAUUGCAGGAGAUGGGCCUGAAUGCCGAGACUAUGUUCUCAAGUGUGAUGCUCUUAUGCCUUUGUUGACCAUCCUUGAUGACCACCAUAACAAGGUUUCUAUGCAACGAAAUGCUACCUGGGCACUUUCCAACUUUUGCCGUGGUAAGAGCCCUCAACCAGACUGGAAAAAGGUGUUUCCAGCAUUGCCUACGCUUGCAAAGUUGAUCUACUCUUCGGAUGAAGAGGUCUUGAUUGAUGCUUGCUGGGCAAUUUCUUACUUGUCUGAUGGGUUGAAUGACCGGAUCCAGACCGUGAUUGAAUCUGGAGUGUGUCGUCGGUUGGUGGAAUUGCUGAUGCACCCUUCAUCAGCAGUCCAGACACCUGCUUUGAGAUCGAUUGGCAAUAUUGUGACCGGCGAUGACAUCCAGACUCAGGUGGUAAUCAACUGUGGAGUUUUGACUGCCCUGUUGUCGUUGUUGACCAAUGCAAAGGAGACGAUCCGCAAAGAGGCCUGUUGGACGAUUUCAAAUAUCACGGCUGGUAGUGUGACCCAGAUCCAGGCUGUGAUUGAUGCCAACAUAAUACCUGUAUUGGUUCAUAUUCUUGGCACGGCUGAGUUCAAGACACGUAAGGAAGCAUGCUGGGCUAUUGUGAAUGCGACAUCUGGCGGAUUGAGUAAGCCAGAGCAGAUCCGAUACAUUGUGAGCCAAGGCUGUAUUAAGCCACUGUGCGAUCUGCUGGUUGGCAUGGACAACAAGAUUGCACAGGUGUGCCUGGAUGGACUGGACAACAUUCUCAAGGUUGGGGAGAUGGAGCGAAUGAAUGACCCUGAAGGACAGAAUAGAUAUGCUCUGUAUAUUGAGGAGUGUGGAGGAAUAGAGGCCAUUCACCAAAUGCAGGGACAUGAGAACACCGAGGUCUACAAAAAGGCCUACAAUAUCAUCGAUCGUUACUUUGGUGAUGAUGAAGUAGGUGAAGAAAUGAUCGAUGAUCAACAACAGGGAUUCAACCAUCAGAACCAACCACAAAACUUCAGCUUCCAAGCUGAUGCACAUGCUCCUCAAGGAGGUUUCCAAUUUGGAAACUAAUACAUACAUAUAUACAACUCUACCACUACCAAAACACCACCUACCCACCACCAACAGCACCAGAACUACAACAAUUACUAUUAUUAUUUAUCACCACUACAACAACAACAACAACAACAACAACAGCAAUAGCAAUAGCAAUAGCAAUAGCAGUGACAGUGACAGUGACACCAACAAUAACAACAAAAUUAAGAGAAAUCCCCCCCCCCCCCCAAAUCUAUGUGCCUUUUUUUUUAUUCUUUUUAUUUUUUUCUUUGCCCCAUGUACAUUUUUUCUCUUUUUCUAUUUUCUUCUUUCUAUUUUCCAUUUUUGGUUACCACAACAAAAAUAAGAAACAUAAAAAAUACAAACCAAAUAUUUUUUUAACUUU